AUGUUCCGCUCCGAGGAGGUGGUGCUGUGCCAGCUGUUCGUGCAGCAGGAGGCCGCCUUCGCCUCCAUCCACAUGCUGGGGGAGGCCGGCGUCGUCGAGUUCAGAGACCUGAACGCGGAGGUGCACCCCAUGAUGAGGAAGUUCGUGAACGAAGUCCGGCGCUGCGAGGAGCUGGAGAGGAAGCUGCGGUACAUCGAGGAGGAGAUGGGGAAGGACGGCGUGGCCGUGGACACCCCGCGGCACCAGCCCCGGCCCGCGCUCAACCCCAGGGACAUCAUCGAGAUGGAGGCCAACCUCGAGAAAACGGAGAGUGAGAUCAUGGAGCUGAGCCGCAACGCCGCCAACCUCCAGGCCAGCUUCGUGGAGCUGACCGAGAUGCAGCAGGUGCUGGAGAAGGCGCAGGUGUUCCUGAAGGAGCUGGAGGAGCUGCCCUCGAAGGUGUUCGCCGGGGAGGACCGCGGCCGACUGGGGUACGGCGAGUGGCCCAACUCCUUGACCGCGACCGCCAACUUCGGAAAGCUAAUGAGUGACACGGCCCGCCUCACGCCUUGCAGUGUGACGGCGGGAGUGCUGCCCAGGGAGCGGCUGCCCGCCUUCGAGACCAUGCUGUGGAGGGUCAGCCGCGGCAACGUGUUGCUGCGCCAGGCCGACCUGGACGACCUCGUCAAGGACCCGAAGACCAUCAUGACCAUCUUCUUCGGCGGCCGGUACAUCAUCCUGCUGAUGGGGCUGUUCUCCAUGUACACCGGCCUCAUGUACAAUGACCUGUUCUCCGUGUCUGUGAACCUGGUGGGGUGGUCCGCCUGGUCCGCCCCGCCGCUGUCCGAGCUGCAGCCCGGCCCCACCACGCUGGACCCCUCCAAGCAUUACCAGGGCGUGCCUUACCCCAUAGGCUUGGACCCGGUCUGGCAGUUUGCAGAGAACAAAAUCAUUUUCCUCAACUCCUUCAAAAUGAAGCUGUCUAUCAUAAUUGGCAUAAUUCACAUGGUUUUCGGAGUGAGCCUGAGCGUCUUCAACCACGUCGCUAACCGGAGGCCCGUCAUGAUCCUGCUCGACUUCCUGCCCAAGAUCCUGUUCCUCUUGCUGCUCUUCGGCUACCUGGCGGCCCUCAUGGUGUUCAAGUGGUGGAAGUACGGGCCGGAGCAAGGCGCCGAGGACGUGGCGCUGUCCCCCGGGUGCGCGCCCUCCGUCCUCAUCACCUUCAUCAACAUGAUGCUGCGCAACCACCCCGACCUCCCCGCGGGCUCGGCCUGCAGCCCCUGGAUGUACGGGGGCCAGGCGGGCGUGGAGCAGGCGCUGCUGUACUCGGCCCUGGCCUGCGUGCCCUUCAUGCUCCUCGCCAGGCCGGCGUACGUCCUCUGCACGCAGCGGCGACGACGACCGCAGCGACCGAGAAACGACGACGACGACGCGGUCACGUGGCGCCACGACGAGGACGGCGACGACCAGAGCGAGGACAAGGCGGCCGAGGACGAGGAGCCCUUCGGCGAGAUGAUGGUGCACCAGUGCAUCCACACCGUGGAGUACGUCCUGUCCACCGUGUCGCACACCGCGUCCUACCUCCGCCUCUGGGCGCUCUCGCUCGCACACUCUCAGCUGUCCCACGUGCUGUGGUCCAUGGUGCUGCGCAAGGGGCUGGCCAUGCAGUGGGUGCUGCCGCUGCCGCUGCUGUUCGCCGGCUGGGCCUUCUUCACCGUCGCCAUCCUCGUCCUCAUGGAGGGACUGUCCGCCUUCCUGCACACGCUGCGACUGCACUGGGUGGAGUUUAUGAGCAAGUUUUACGAAGGGGAAGGGUACCCAUUUCGUCCGUUUUCUUUCAAGACUAUUUUUCAAUCCGUAGAUUAAACUGCAAUGUGAAUGUGAA